AUGGAAAAAGAUGAUGUUGUUUCAGCUAUGCUUUUCUUAAUUAUACCACUUUUAAUGCGCCGUGUCCUUGCCAGCGGAGAUCCUGUCUAUACCUUUUGUGACCCAGAGUCCAGAAAUUACACACUCAGCAGCCCAUUUGAAAACAAUCUCAAGCUCCUUCUUCAGUCAUUGCCAUCCAAUACUUCGGUAACUGGUUUCUACAACAACUCUACCGGGGAGGACCCAAAAGUCUAUGCUCAAGCACUUUGUAGAGGGGAUGUCAACUCCACAGUUUGCCUGGAUUGCAUAAAGAAUGCAAGCCAGGAAAUCCUGAAGCAGUGCAAAACUGAAGAUCCAAUGAUUUGGUUUGAACUCUGCCAAGUUCGCUACUCCUUGCAGAAUUUCUUUUCCUUGAUGAUUUAUACUGGAAAGUAUCCAGAGCAGAUUUAUCUGGAGAAAAAUCUAUCAAAUCCAUUUCGUUUUGAUGAAGUAUUAAAGUACUUAAUGAUUAACAUCUCAAAGGAGGCUGCGUCUGAUCCUUUGAAGGGCUUUUGUCUGGUGCCGGCCUUGGGAGAUCUUCAUGCAUGCUGCGAUUCACGCCAAGGUGGAAUUAUUGUUAGUCGGAAUUGUAAUGUGAGUGGUCUUGGUGAACCGAAAUCUUCUUAUGGAAAAGCACCUAAAUUGAAGAUUUGGAUGGUUGUGGUGAUUGCUUGUAUCCCAAUAUCGGUUAUAGCAGUUCUUGUUGGGUCUUGUGCUGUUUAUCAUGGGAGGAACAAGAGAACACAAACAGAUCCAAACCCAAAAACCGGAAACAUCAGCAAGGGAUUUGGGGAAGUCGCACCGGAGCGAGGUUGGCUGGCGGAGGGGCGGAAGGCCGAUGCAGACGGAGAAGAAGCGUGA